UGUCGCUAGAGGCCGCAGAAUGACAAAUACCACACUGAAACAGUGUUAUCAGAGGCCGCCGCUCUCUCAAGUACAGACUUCGAGAUGCUGCUCAAUUAAAGGCCGAAACCCACGGUCUGCUCACAUCACUCUCAAAUGCGCUGUCCAAUGCCGCCAUUGUCGUAGAUGAGAGUUUUUCCUUGGGACGAAGAGACAUAUUCUGAUUCUGAUUAUGACACUGAUGAUGACAGCGUCCACGAUUUGCAGGGCGAUACUGAGCUAAAGCAACUUUACGCCAGCACAAAAUCAGCCAUAACAUCGCUCAUGCGGAUAUCUAUGGCCACACGAGAGCCGGUGCCAAACCGUCAGGCAAGAAGUAUCGAUAAGUCCCAUUUCGAGCAGCACGACAUGCCGCGUAUCCAAGCCAAGUUCCCUUCUGCGCCGCAGUAUUUGAGCGAAAGGCUUGGUCGGGCCAUAUCCAGUUGUCAGAGUUCAGUGAAGAACUGUACGCAAAGGGAAGAAUUUGAGGAUUGUACUGGGGUUGUAUUGGGUGAAGCUACGAACAGUAUAUAUAGGUGAGUAGCUGUAAACAACGCUAGUGUGACGUGGCAGUCACUCUCAUGGAGGUGAGGUACAACAG